AUGCUGAUGCUAGCAUUAAACAAUGAAGAACAGGCUUCUUUGGGCAAAGAAUGUGAAGAUCUAAAAAUUCUUCUGCAACAAAAACAAAAAGAACUAAACAAUUUGAAAUCAAGGUUCCAGGAACUAGCAGAUUCAAAAGAAACUUCAGAAGUUCUUCAUAAAAUAAUUGAAAAUCUGCAGCGGGAAAAGUCAGAUUUAAAUCAGAGGCUUGAAAUCAACAAUGAUGAAAAAUCAUCAAUACUCAAAGAAAAUAAAGAACUGAAGAACAUUCUCCAGGAAAAACUAUCAGAAGUGAAAAGAUUGGAAACAAGACUACAACAAUAUGCAGAAAAAUUUGAAGAUAUUCCUGCCCUUAAGAGACAUAUGGACAAACUUCAAAGUGAUAAUGAUGAAUUAAAUUUGAAAUGCAGACAUUUACAAACAGUGGAAAAAGAUGUCCAGAAAUUAAAGAAAGAAAAGCAGCAGUUAGAAACAGAAAUAAUAUCACAAAAACAGCAUAAUGAAACACUAAAUAGUCGUCUUGAAAUUUUAAGUGUAGAAAAAUUAGAAAUUGAAGACCGGUUGAGACGGCGAUCACCACAGGUAGUAUCUGAAUCCAAAAGCUGUCAGAAUUGUUUCAAACACCGCAAUGAUAUAUCUGAUCUGAAGAGAGAAAUCAAUGAUCUGAGAGACAGACUGAGUGAAGCUGCUGGCAAUAAACUAAGAGAUAACAAUCCUAAUAUUGCCGAUUUAAGUGAUAUGAACCGUCCAACUUCAUUAGCUGAGAAGUUUUCGUCAUUGUACACAGAUGAAUACACAGAUGCUAUGGAAGUUAUUGAGGAUGAUAUGGAUGAAGCGGCUUCUGUCAAGGUCAUGCUUGAUUGGUUAAAGAGUUGUUAUGCUUGGUGUCAAAGACUAGCCAAAGAACAGAGAGAUACCUUGAUAAACAGAUCUAUUGGAUUCAUGGAAGAUCAUGGUGGACAGAAAGUAAUUUUAUCAGACAGGUGUCUUAUCUUUGUGAAGGAGUUUCAGAAGAAAAUAGCAGCAGAGAGUUUAGCAGUUGUUGGACAGAUAUGCCAUGUGAAGAGUGUAACACAACAAACUUUAUCCAGUGAGAAUUACAUUGUAAAAUAUAUCAAGAAAUGUUCUGAACUUUGUUGGAUGAUGCAGAUAUCAGAUCCACCUCUGUUUUUAAAUUUUGAUGUGAAUUCAGGAGAAAACUUAAACAAAAAUGACUACAAUGUAUUUACAAAAAGUGGCAGCAAAAUCGAUUAUUUAGUGUGGCCUGUUUUAUAUCUACACAAAACUGGACCAAUGUUGGCUAAAGGUGUGGCACAGGGGAAAUGAGUAGUAAUGUGAUAAUAUUUUGUAGUUUGUAGAUUGUAUAUUAACAACAGACAUGUUUGUUGGGACAAAAAUUUUAAUUAUGCAAAAGUCUAACACGAUGAUUGUUGUCAUUUAUCAAGAGAAUGUUUAACAUACAAUGGAGGAUUCAGGGGAGGGAGGGAUUUCCAGUGGUUGGAACCACCCUUGUUUUAUGAUAAAUGCAUAUUUGUUGUAAUCAUUGAUACUAAGUUGGAUUUUUUAUGUAUUAGUUUGCAAGUUAAGAAUUGGUAGGAAGACAUGUCAACCUAUCUGGACAUAGUUUUCUGUCUCUAAGCUUGUAUGAGGGUGGGCAGGACCUUUCAAGGGACAUAUGGAUCGGGUGUUUUUAAGCACGGGAAUUCGGGAUUUAUCCUUUCAGGAUCUGGGAAUUCUUUUUUCGAAUUUUGGGAUGUCAAGAUUAAAAUUUUGUUAAAUUCAGCACAUCAGGAUUUCAUGUUUUAAGCCUGGGAUUUCUAGAUCAGGACCCCGUCCUAUUCCCUCUUAUGUAUGUGUCAGCCAAGGCAAUCAAAGUAGUUUAUAAAUGAUUGACACAUUUUUGAAGUAUAGUUGGUUGAAUACUUUUCUAAGCUGCAUCUUUCUGAUUAUUUUGCUGUGCCAUCAGUUAAUUAAGAAAUAGCUUUUCCGAAAUAAAAGUGUGCAUCAGACUUGAACAGACAGUGAUAAGAAUCCUACUCAUAUAAUAGUUAUAACAUAUUCCUACAUGAUUGAUUGAUGGUAGAAUAAUAUGUACAAUUUAAAAAGCACAUGCAAAACACAUGUACAUUUAGUAAGAAGUGUUACAAGUGUAUAAUAUGAAAGUCAAUGAAAACUUCACAUUUUAUUGAGCAAAUCUUUUAAUACACAUAGCAUAAGACUGUGAUAAUUAUAUUAGUGUAUUCAGAAAGAGUAGUUAUUUGACAACAGUAUACUUCACUAAGGACUAUAUAUAAUAUACAUGGUAUACAUUUAUAUUUUAAUAUGUAUUCAUGCAAUGUAUAAAGGGGUAUAUCUCAUGGUAUACUGUUGUAAAAUUUGUGAUUUAAUCAUUUUUAAAUUCUAUGCAAGCUGUAUUUUAGAUUUCGUCUGGUAAUCCCAUAAUUUCGUUGCAUUAUUGCAUAGAAUGACCCUAUUAAAGUCGUGUAUAUUGUAUUAUGAAUAUUUAUGAUUUAAAUAAUUUUGUAAAAUUUUGUUACCUUUAAACAUUUCUCAAUUUUUAAAUCAUGAUCUGAUUUGAAGAUAGAUUAGAAGAUUGCUACCCACUAUGAAUGUUCUGUUCUUAUAAAGUUCCGUUUAAAGUACAGUCUUGCCAAAAUCUAAAGUUGAGGUCCAAUUUGAAUAUCUUGAGAUAUCACAUGCUUUUUUACAGUUUUUGUCAGAAAUCUAUGUCAAGUUGUAUUUAUUGAAAAGUUUGUUUAUACAUCUUUAACAAUUAACUUUAUGAUGAAUCCAAACAGAAUGAAAAUAAUCUUAAAUAUUACUUAACUAUAAAUUUCUUUAAAAAUGAAUUUAUCUUACAGAAAUAGUUUUUUCAAGUUCUUAAAAAGCUAUAUUCAUUUAUAGUCUAGGGCUUUUCUAUCUUAUACAUGUAUUAAGUAGUAUUAGAGUUUAUUUCCUCAUUUAUAUUAGUAUACUAACAUGAUAUUAAAUUAUGUUGAUUGAUGUUAAAAAAUUUCAGGAAACUCAUUUCAAAUCAAAACAUUCCUUUUAUGCAGCUUUUAAACACAUUUUUACUGAAAAGAUACUGAUUUAUUUAUCAAAUGUUUAUUGGUUAAAAGAGAUCUGAAAUAUAAUAGAUUUGAAAUGAAUUUAUAAUACUUUAAUUUUACAUAGAAGUUGUUUUAUAUUUUUUUGUUAAUGUCUCACUUUAAAACUAACAUUUUAGGAACUAGAUUGAAUAGUGUGUUAUUUCAUGA